AUAGAUUCUAGAGCAAAUAAAAUGCAGAUUUUCCAUAAGGCGGCAUUGUUCCAGGAAGAUGUCGAUGCAAUGGAUGAAUAAUGAUCAAGGACGAGGAUCAUCAUAUGAUGCAAAGCAAUUACCAAGCCAAGCUGACAGACGGAUCGAGGAUGGAAGGGUCAAGUUUCACGUACAGCCGUCCCAAUCUCGAAAACAAAAUAGGGUUCGCUGUACCCGUUAGGCUUAAAGAUCUUGAGACUGGCAAGGAGUUUGAGAUGAGCAUGAAUGCGGGAUCUGUUGGGAUGGCUGCUACUAACGAUAUGACUACGUUUCAGCCGAGCUCGGGGCGGUGGAUGGUGGAAGAGAAAGAUAAGGAGAGGAGUGGUCUAGGUAAUGUUCAGUCUUUGGUUCUCACCAGUUCCAGUAAGAGAAAGGUCGUGAGAUUGCGAGUCCUUUUCCACAAUCCGCUACACAUGAUACUUAUCCGCUCAUCACACCCUGAUGGAGAGACGACAGAGACGUAGAAAGAGAAGCGGUGGCUCGAUGAUAGCUUUGGCAAACAUUUAUUGCCUUGAUCUUUGUGAGGAAGAUUAGUUGGUUGGAUAAUGCCUUGCACUUGGCUGGAUUACAGGUUUCUAUUUUGUGAAUUGCGGUUCUUG